UGCUACUUGUCAAAAACAAAGUGGAGGUGAAAUAGUAGAAAGAAGAUUUCGAUGUUUUGUUUUAUUUCACUAAAUGUGGUGGGACUACAACGAGCACUGAUUAGGAGCAGAAGCAGAGCGAAGAGAGAGGCUCGUGGUUGUGAAGAGCGAGAAAACUAGAGAGCAGUGUGCAGCAUUUGGAUUUCUUAGCACCGGGCUGCGGAGCGGUGUGAGGUAUGGGCUGCGCUCCCAGUAUCCAUGUCUCUCAAAGCGGGGUUAUCUACUGCAGGGACUCGGACGAGUCCAACUCCCCGCACCAGACAACCACCAUCUCCCAGGGCACCGCGGCCACCCUUCACGGCCUCUUCAUCAAGACCGACGCAGCUGACACCAUCCCCUCUGUCCUCGCCUACCAGAGCCGACACACACGUACCAAUUCUCGCCGAGACCGGAGGGACAACAGCGGAGGACAGUGUUGCAUUGAGGCCGAGACUCAGACGAGCCACACCAGCGUCAAGGUUUUAGCAACAGAAGUACGUUUUGGACCCAUGAAACUGACACAAGAUCCUGUUCAGGUGCUGCUUAUCUUUGCCAAAGAGGACAGCCAGAGCGAUGGCUUCUGGUGGGCGUGUGAGCGGGCAGGGUACAGGUGCAGCAUUGCCUACACCCCGGAGUCAGCGCUGGAGUGUUUUUUAGACAAGCAGCAUGAGAUAAUAGUCAUUGAUGCCAGGCACCCCAGAUAUUUUGAUGCAGAAGCUGUCUGCAGGUCAAUCCGUGCUACCAAACCUUCUGAACACACUGUAAUACUAGCUGUGGCGCCACAAAUACAACCUGGUCAAGAAGAGUCUUCAGUCCUGCCCCUUCUCAACGCUGGAUUCAAUAGGAGAUUCUUUGAGAACAGUAGUACCACAGCUUGUUACAAUGAGCUGAUUCAGUUAGAGCACGGGGAGGUGUGCUCUCUGUUCAAGCUACGAGCCUGUAAUUCCAUGUUUACAGCAUUGGAGCACUGCCAGGAAGCAGUAGAAAUAACCAGUGAAGACAACAUCAUACAGUAUGUGAAUCCAGCCUUUGAACGGAUGAUGGGAUAUUGUAAAGGAGAGCUGAUAGGAAAAGAGCUGACGGUAUUACCAAAAAGUGACAAAAACAGGACAGACCUCCUAGACGCCAUCAACAUGUGUAUUAAGAAAGGAAAGGAAUGGCAGGGGAUGUACUACGCCAGGAGGAAAUCAGGGGACAGCAUACAGCAGCACGUGAAAAUCACACCUGUGACGGGCCAGGGAGGGAAGAUCAGACAUUUUGUUUCUAUCAAGCGGCUUUGCAGUGAAAAUAAUAAACAGGUAUACAAGAUACACUAUGAUGAAAAAUAUUGUGGAGAAAAUUCACAGACAGAGUCAUUGUCUUCCAGGCACAAAAAUAGGAGGAAAGAAUCUAUUGAUGUCAAGUCAAUAACAUCACGAAGCAGUGACGCUCCAAGUUUACAGAACCGCAGGUACUCGUCAGUGGCUAGAAUCCAUUCCAUGACGAUAGAGGCUCCCAUUACAAAGGUUAUCAACAUUAUCAAUGCUGCCCAGGAGAACAGCCCUGUGACAGUAGCGGAGGCCCUGGACAGAGUGCUGGAAAUCCUCCGAACCACAGAGCUGUACUCCCCCCAGCUCGGAAGCAAAGAUGAUGACCCACACACCAGUGACCUUGUCGGAGGUCUCAUGACUGACGGACUGCGGAAACCUUCUGGGAAUGAUAUCUUCUCCAAGAAUAUGACCCAAAUUCAAAGCCACCUGGUGAUACCCGCCACCCCCAAUGACAUCCCUCCUCAAAUAGCACAGCUGCUGAACAAUGAAGAGAUGUGGGAUUUCAACAUUUUAGAUCUGGAGGCUGCCACAAACAAGCGACCUCUCACCUACCUUGGAUUGAAGAUCUUUGCCCGGUUUGGUGUGUGUGAGUUUCUGAACUGCACAGAGGCUACACUGAAAUCCUGGCUUCAGGUUAUCGAGGCUAAUUACCACGCAUCCAACUCUUACCACAACUCCACGCACGCAGCCGACGUCCUACACGCCACAUCCUACUUUCUCCAGAAAGAGAGAGUCAAGGGCAGUCUGGAGCAGCUGGAUGAGGUAGCUGCUCUCAUUGCAGCGACAGUGCACGAUGUGGAUCACCCCGGCCGCACCAACUCCUUCCUGUGCAACGCAGGCAGCGAGCUUGCCGUGCUGUACAACGACAUGGCUGUGCUGGAGAGUCACCACGCAGCCCUGGCUUUCCAGCUCACCACGCGCGACAGACAGUGCAACGUCUUCAUCAACAUGGAGAGAACACAGUAUCGAACACUGCGGCAGGCGAUUAUUGACAUGGUCCUGGCAACAGAGAUGACGAAGCACUUUGAGCAUGUGAACAAGUUUGUAAACAGCAUCAACAAGCCAAUGGCAGCUAUAGAAGAAACCAGUUCCAAUAGUGAAGGCUGUGACUGUGAGUGCCCAGCGAGUAUAAAGAACUCACCGGAGAACAGGCUGCUCAUCAAGCGCAUGCUGAUCAAGUGUGCAGACGUGGCCAACCCCUGCCGGCCCCUGGAACUCUGCAUAGAGUGGGCUGGACGCAUCUCAGAGGAGUACUUUGCACAGACUGAUGAAGAGAAGAGACAAGGGCUGCCUGUGGUCAUGCCAGUGUUUGAUCGAAAUACUUGCAGCAUUCCAAAGUCUCAGAUAUCAUUUAUUGAUUACUUCAUCACCGACAUGUUUGAUGCCUGGGAUGCUUUUGCCAAUCUGCCUGGCUUGAUGCAACACUUGGCUGAAAACCACAAGUACUGGAAAAGAUUGGAUGAAAUGAAGUGUAAGAGCCUCAGACCCCCUCCAGAUCUGUGACAUCAUCAACAAGAUCUUGAAUGCAGCCCCUCGAUCUCACUCCUUCUCACUGUGAUUUUAUCAGAAAAAAACUGUCACGGGAAAAAUAAUUUUUACUGCAUUUUGCCAACAUGAUUUACAGUACCAUAGAGUUGUGCUGCAAAAAACAACAAUUGCAACAUUAGAAUUGUGCUACAAUGUGCCUGACAACAUAACAACAAAGGCAGUUGGAAACUGCUGUUUUCUGAAGAUCAGUAAUUUCCCCAGAAAUACAAUCCACAUUAUGUUUGUUGAGACAUUUGGUUUAAAACUAGGGGUGGGAUAAGAAAAAUAAUGUUAAGUAUUUAUGAUUCCUAAACUUGAGGGAGCACAAAGCCAUUUUGUGACUUGGAACUUGGUUUCAGGAGACUACGUUUCAGGCCAUGCAUGUCACACCAUGGGAGACUUGGGGUUUGAUACAGCAAAGUUGCCACAAAUUAGAUCACCAGGUCCCCUGGAACCAGGUUUCAAGCCACUGUUCCUCAAAAAAGUGGCUUUGCGUUCCCUCAGCUUAAGAGUUUUUUAAUGCAUACAUUGUUACUGCUUUAUUUCUUACUAAAUCGCUUGACAAAAAUGCUAUUGGCUUACCACUGUAUUACACUGAAGAAAUAGUAGCAGAUCCAUUUCCAGACCACAGCAUUGGCAGCAAUUGCAACACAAUCGAUUUAGUAUGGCACCGUGGCACUGCAUGGAUCCAUGUGCAUUGGUUCAAACCAUUUGAAUACCGCUGGUAUGCAGGAAUGAUAAAGUGUUCCUGCUGUGGUGUCAUUCUGAGUAGUAUCUUCAGUGCAGAAUCGAAGCACUGCCAUUGUGUGCCACUUUAUUGUCAUUGAAGAUCGUUUGCCACGGGGUGCCUCCAUCAGAUGAGAAGUUAUAUGAAGAUCAGACUCCAUCUUUGCUCAUGUGUCGCAGUAGGAACCUUUGCAGCAGUCUGAUCCCACAGACCCCUGCAGUCUCUUUUAUCCACGUGGUUUAAGAUCGACCUCCUCAGGCUACAAGGGGAGUGUAUGACAAUAAUGCGGGUUAAUACAAGUGUAACAAAUACGUCUUAAAUUGCAUUGUGUUGAAGUCAACUAAAUGGAAUCAAUUCAGAAUCAAAACAACAAUCUCAUAGCAAGCUUGGCUGUGACCGCUUUAUUAUUUCCUAAACUCCUAUGUUCAUAAAGCUGGCCUUUCUCACACGUCUUGACAUAAAUAUUUGAGGACUGCUGUUUUCCAGUGGCUGCUGUGCUGCUAUUUCUUGCUGGAACCUACACUUUUACAGGUGAAAUGAACUGCCUGCAGUAUUAUUCCUCUAUUUUUCAAGGUCUCUUAUGACUGCUCUUUUAUAAAUCAUGCUAGCAUACAUUUUAAAGAUGUUUUUUUUUCAGGGUGAAUUUAGGCCAGCAGCCACCCCCUAGUGGUGCCAUCGAAAACAACAGGAAACUUGAAACAGCACUGAAUAACCAGAUUAUUUUACCUUUAUGAUUUUAAAGCUUUGAGGUUACUUCACCCGUAGGAUGUUAAAAUUAAGACUUGAUUGGCCCAGUGCUACGAUCAAGCAAUAACAUUAAGGGUCUAGAAUGAGCAGCAGUGCCUCAGAUGGAAGAGUGCAUUUCGAUCCCUGUUGCAGAAGCACGGUGUUGAACUAUCCUAGACUCUAGCCUGUGAUAAAUUGUAAAGUGCCUUUUUUGGCAGAUUGUACCAGUAUAAGGAAGCCAUUAUUUAUGGUUGUUUUAUGUAGUGUGUACGAACUCCACGACUCUGAUUUAUUCUGCAGUUUGGUGCGUUGUCUUUACUCGUUAUGUAUUGGACAGGUUUUAUUUGAUGUAUUCGUUGUUAAAAAGCAAACACCUAUGGAGGAUAAUUCGAGCAGGGCAUGCUAACGAAUUAGAUUUGCGCAGAGCAGCCGUACACUUAUUUCCUCAGUACUGCAAACGGUAGUCAGCUCCACUACUUGAUAGAGGCUGCGAUUGAACAGUUAAGUUGAAAUGUUAUUUUUGUAUUUCUUUUCCAAUAUUGAAUCUGACAUUAUCCAGUGAAAACUCGCCAUGAAAUGCAAAACCUGUUAACAUGGGUGUUAAUACAAUCAUAUGAAAUAGAAAGGUUUUUAGUAUCACAUUGCAUUCUUCAAAUACAGUAGCUUCUUAAAGUAGACUCCCAAGUUACUAGUUAACCCAAACAUUCUCACUUAAAGAAAUAGCAGAGAGCUCAAAUCAUGGAUAGUGUGCUAUCCUGUUACAGAAUGAUAAACCAUGUUUCUAACUGAAAUGAUUUACUACAGCUAGUUAUUCCAGCCCAUGGAGCUAUGUUAACUACCCUCUUGGCUGAACAAAUGGGUAGCCAGUAUGAUGCAGUGUAAUGUAAAAGUAUGAAGAUUUAAUGUACAUACAUAGUGUUUUACAGCUAUUAAGAAUGUAAAGUAAGAAGAUAUGUUCCUGUAUAUGAUGAAGGGGUAAUGCUUUAAUCCAGGGAUCUGUUCUAAGUGGGUAUAUUCUGUGUAUGAAUCUUGUAAUAAUGUAUACAAUAUUCUUAAACCGUGUACCAGAAACAUGAUUUCAAAAGUGCACUGUAAUUUAGUGUUAUAAUUAAUAACAUGUUUAUAGAUUGCAGAUGACCAUGUAUAACGGAUCCUUAAACUAAAGUGCAAAAUUAACUAUUCAACCAAAGGCAAAGUGUCAUCUACAUAAACUGCCUUAUUACAAGCACUUAACCUUUGCUAAAAAGGGUUAGCUGAUUUUAUGUGCAUCAGAAAUAUUAAAAGCCAGCCAAUCUCCUGCCUGUUCAAGCUGACUUUAAAGUGUGUGAGGUGCAAGUGGGGACGAGUCCUUAUACCCGGUACAGUUUAUUUUGCAUGCCUCUAAUGACUGCUGAUUGAAUGUAGUGUUCUCAUCAGAGUAAACAGAGUAGCAGCCACAUGUUAUUUUAUCCUUUAUUGUAAAACUCUGAAGCACAAAACAUGAAUCAUGUUUAGAUUCUAGCACAGCUUUCAUUUCUGCAAGUCAGAAAUUACAACGCUUGGUAACAUUUCACUGUAAUGUGUUUUUUUUUUUUCUGCUAUAAUACUACAGCUUAAUCAAGGGAAAGCCAGACUAUUUUUUUUAAACUAUCACAAAAGCACAUUGUUAUGUAUUUGUAUUAAUCUUUAAACUACCAUCAGAACUGUACAGCGAGGGAACAUUCCAAAGUAAGAAAUGGGCUACUUUGUGCAUUGUCACUUUUAAGUUAAUCAUAAUUUCUACCAAUUGUGGAGGUUGUAAUUUUUAAGUAUCAUUUUUCAGGCAAAAUUAAAAGGUUGAAUGCUAGAAAGAUUGUCAGAGUAGCUUUCAAGAGUUAAACACUGUCUUGUCCUUGAGGUAGUUUGUGCUUAGUUUGGAUGAAAGAGGUUUUUUAACCAGCUGUAAAACACAUGUUGAAUUCCCUCGUUCAGCUCAAAACAUUGUACUUAUGAAAGGGGAAGGCAUUUAUCACAGAUUCAAGGUGUUUAACACCAGAGACCAAAAGCGAUUCCCAUCUUCGCCAAUUAAGUGCCAUUGUUCUCAUUUGAGGAAAGGCUACAUUGUCAUUUUUUGGAGCAUUUUUAACUGGCGUCUACAUGUUAUUUUAAUGUUCUGUUUAACUAUAUUGUUAUGAU